AUCGAGUAUCCCGGUGGAGCAAUCGACUCGAGUAGCUGAUGAAAUUUUGUGCACACUUUCAUAGUUGUUAAAUCUUGUGAUUUUCUCCAUAAAAGCCGCCUUCUUAGUCAUCAUUUGUCAAACAAGAUGCCCGCGGAUUUGGCUGACCUAAGCAUAAGCGCCCUCUUCACCUCUGAGAAGAGUGGCAGUGACGAGUCUGGAGAUGGCAGCGAGGCCAAACCCUAUAAGACCAUCCUUCAGGCGAUGCGUCAUGCCGGCAAGGAGCCUUUUCCCACCAUCUACGUGGACAGCAAGGACCCGAACGCUGCGGAGGCUUUCGAGCCGGCUGCCAAGUCUCAGCUGAAGAAGAUUCAGAAGCUGUUCGUACGUGAGGGACACAAGAAUGCCGACAAGCAGCAGCGUGAGGCUGGGGAUGCCGAGAAGCGUCAACAGAACCUCGAGGAGGCGCGCAAGGUGAAGAUUUCCGAAGAUCCCAGCUGGCCGGUGGCCCGCAAAAUCCGCAUUAUGGAGGGCACCGACAACCGUGGCUCACGAGUCAAGAUCUAUGGCUGGGUGCAUCGUCUGCGGCGUCAGGGCAAGUCGCUGGCUUUCAUCACGCUGAGGGAUGGCACUGGCUUCCUGCAGUGCGUGCUGAACGAUCAGCUCUGCCAGACGUACGACGCUCUCACCCUGAGCACCGAGAGCACUGUGGUGCUGUUUGGCACGCUGAAACUCACACCAGAGGGCAAGACCGCACCUGGUGGACAUGAGCUCAUUGUGGACUAUUGGGAGCUGAUUGGAUUGGCGCCUCCGGGUGGCGCUGACGCCAUCCUCAACGAGGAAGCGCAGCCGGAUGUGCAGCUGGACAACCGCCACAUCAUGAUCCGUGGCGAGAACACCUCCAAGGUGCUCAAGAUGCGCUCUGUGGUGAUGCAGGCCUUCCGGGCGCACUACUUCGAGCGCGGCUACAAUGAGGUGACGCCUCCGACAUUGGUGCAGACCCAGGUGGAGGGUGGCUCCACGCUCUUCAAGCUGCAAUACUUCAGCGAGGAAGCGUACCUCACCCAGAGCUCGCAGCUGUAUCUGGAGACUUGUCUGCCGGCACUCGGCGAUGUCUUCACCAUUGCCCAGAGCUAUCGGGCGGAGCAGAGCCGCACGCGUCGCCAUCUCGCCGAGUACACACACAUCGAGGCGGAGUGUCCCUUCCUCACUUUCGACGAUCUCCUGGAUCGGCUGGAGGAUCUCGUUUGCGAUGUGGUCGAUCGUGUGCUGAAGUCCCCUUGGGGACAUCUUGUGAAGGAGCUGAACCCGGACUUCAAGCCGCCAACGAAGCCCUUCCGCCGCAUGAACUACUCGGAUGCCAUCAAGUGGCUGAAGGAGAACAAUGUGACCAAGGACGAUGGCACUUUCUAUGAGUUUGGCGAGGACAUACCCGAGGCACCCGAGCGCAAGAUGACCGAUGCCAUCAACGAGCCCAUUAUGCUGUGUCGCUUCCCAGCCGAGAUUAAGUCCUUCUACAUGUCGCGCUGCCCGGAGGAUAAGACACUCACCGAAAGCGUCGAUGUGCUGCUGCCCAAUGUGGGCGAAAUUGUCGGUGGCUCCAUGAGGAUCUUCGACAGCGAGGAGCUGCUCAAGGGCUAUCAGCGCGAGGGCAUCGAUCCCAAGCCCUACUACUGGUACACCGAUCAACGCAUCUACGGCACGAUGCCGCAUGGCGGCUAUGGUCUGGGUCUGGAGCGUUUCCUCUGCUGGCUGCUAAAUCGCUAUCACAUUCGUGAGGUCUGCCUCUAUCCACGUUUCCUCGACAGAUGCAAGCCCUAAGCAUGCCCUGCUAACCAUCUGGCAACCGCAUUUA